CAGCUCAAACCGAGAUAGGACGGCAUUGAUUGUCAGACAAUUAAAGGACAGGAGAUACGAAACCAGGAGAGGAAACGCGAGCACUGGAGUUUGGUAAUAGACCUCUGUUAAUUAUACCUGGCGCAGAGCUGCUGUGGGAUGAUGCAAGGGAUUGGCAUGGUCGAUAAAAACAGCACCGGUAUGCGCCGUCUCAAACAGUGGCUCAUUGACCAGAUUGAUAGCGAUCAGUAUCCAGGCUUGGUGUGGGAUGAUGAGCAGAAAGUGACUUUUCGGAUUCCCUGGAAACACGCCGGGAAACAGGACUACAACCAGGAGGUGGACGCUUCGAUCUUCAAAGCUUGGGCUAUUUUCAAAGGAAAAUAUAAAGAAGGUGAGAAAGCAGAGCCUGCCACAUGGAAAACGAGACUUCGUUGUGCGCUCAACAAAAGUCCAGACUUUGAAGAAGUAACUGACCGUUCACAGCUUGACAUCUCCGAACCAUAUAAGGUUUAUCGAAUUGUUCCUGAAGGACAGCAAAAAUGUAAAUUUGGCAGUAACUCCAAUGAACAAGGUGAUGUCACUGAUAUGGAUUGCAGCCCCCCUGGAUCCGAUGAGCUUAUGAAGGAUGUUAUUGUGGAUUACAAUGGCAUAAUAAAGAGAAGUCAUUCUCCACCACAGGAGGAUUGUACAAGUCAACCACAGCAAGAUUGGUGGGGACGACAAACCAUUGAAGAUUCUUCAAUGCUGUAUUAUGCCAAUAACUUUGGACCUAUGCAACCCAAUUCAGGGUUUUGCCAGAUGAUAGUCACCUUUUAUUAUGGAGGAAUUCCAAUGUCCCGGGUUCCCAUUCGGCGAUCUGAUGGCUGUCGAAUCACCGUCCGUCAUGCUCCCACCAGCAAUGAGACCAUAUUCGGGCCAGAAGGCAUGGAGCAGGUUCUGUUCCCGCCCACAAACAAGAUCAUGAACCAUCGGCAGCAGCAAGUCACAAAUAAACUCUUGACUCACCUUGAGCGUGGGGUGCUGCUGCUUAGCAACAACGAGGGCAUCUAUAUCAAAAGGCUGUGCCAGGGCAGGGUUUUCUGGAGUGGCCCUUGUGCACCUUUUGCUGACCGGCCGAACAAGCUGGAGAGAGAUGCGAUAGUGAAGCUUUUUGACACAAAACAGUUUUUGCAUGCUUUGCAGCUUUACACAGAGAACCCCCAGUGUGUCCUUCCAGAUAACAAAGUGAUUAUAUGUUUUGGAGAGGAGUUUCCUGACAUGAAACCCAUCAACAAAAAAUUAAUUAUAGUGGAGAUUGAACAAAUGAAAGCAAAGCAUAUUUUGCAAGCGGUACUUCAGUCACGGAAUUAUGAUAACAACAUCCAUCUUCAAAUUUCCAAUGAAACAGCAGAAGACAAAUUGUCUGGGAUUCUUCAUGAACUUUGUGUGAAUAGUUAUGGCUACCCAAGACCCGCCUACAGUGAAAACCAACAAAUAAGCUGAAAAUAAAAACAAAUCUCUGUUUCAGUGAUCUAAGGACUUUUGUGUAAGUUGGUAGCAUUAAGAAAAAUGCUCUUUGCUGGAUGUCAGUAAUUUUGCUAAAGGACUCCGAAUUUCUAAUUAUCCUUUUUGGCUGAAUGCAGCUUUGCACUGCAAUUAAUAUUUUUGUAACAAUAUUGCAUUUUGUAAAAUAAUCAUAUAUUUUAUAAAGGUUUAUUUUUCACUGUGAAGACCAAUUUAUUAUCCAUAGAAGUUUAUAACAGAAGGCACUGAACAGGAAUCUACCUGUAAUACUGUUCAUUACUGUCAUGACACUUACUAUGUAAGAAAUAUUUAUUACCUACAGAAUAAUGGUUGUCUAAGAGGGACUUGCAUUGAUUUAUUAUAAUGGGUUACAAAAAUUUCUAGUUUUGAAAUUGUGCCUGGGAAUGUGUUGCCUUACAAUUUUGUUAUCAGUUUGGCUUUUAAAGAAAAUGGGCCGUUCAUUUGUAUAGAUUGCAACCUUGCAUGUAUUGCUGUGCUGUGCAGUAAUUUGCAGUUACUUUGUAAUAUCCAGUACAGGUACUGACGGUUGUAAUUAUAGAAAUGCAGUUUGAGUUGAACACAGGCAAUUUCUGUAGAGGCAAUCGACUUCAAAAGUAAUCUGGCAUUUAUAUCAGCACUUUCAUGAGCUCAGGUAUUCCAAAGUGCUUUAAAGCCAGUGAAUUGCUUUUAUCUCUUGGAACUGUUGUAGGAAACACAGCAGCAAACAUGUGCACAGUAAACAGGAAUGUGAUAAUAACCAGACAUCUUAUUGAUUUAAGGAUAAACAAUAUUUUCGAAACCAGGGAGAAUUCUUUCCAACAGGACUUUUUAUAUUCACCAGAGAGUACAGUUAGGACCUUAGUUUAAUGGCACCUCUGAUAUUAAAUACAGAUCACAUUCUUAUUUUACUGAGCUAUCAGCCUAAGUUUGUGCACCCACAUCACUGGAAUGGGGCUGGUACCUUAAAUUUCAGCAGAAGAGUCAUGAUAAUUAUCAUUUAAGCCAUGACUGUGAGCUAAACAGUUGCUGCAGGUAUCAAAACUCAAAACUUCCUGAGUAUUGGCUGGUUUAUUUAAUUAUCCAGUUAGCGUAUCCUAUUUGAUAACAAACAUAACCACUUCAUCUUUAUGUGCUAAAACUGUCAGAGGUAGCCUUCAAACUUAAUUUAUUUUGCUAACUGAAAGGGGGACAUAAAAUUAAAUAACAUGGAAACUUUUGAAAUUGAGGAUCAAGUAAUCUCUUCAUUGUUUUCAGUUCAGACAGUAAAUUGAGAAGCAGCACAUCUAGUUCUGCACUGGAAUCUUUUCUUCAUCCUUUUCUUCCAAUUCCUGCGCUGUUACUUGACCCCAUUUUAUAUCAUCUCACGGUGAAUGUGCCAUUUCAGUUUUGUAAGUUGGCUGAUAUUAGCUACUCUGAAACUGAAAUAUUAUUAAAAUAUUGAUAUUAAUUGAAUAUCCAUUCCAUAAUUUGUUGAUAUUAUAAGCAUUAAUUUUAAACAUAGAAAUAAGAGCAGGAGUAGGCCAUUUGGCCCUUCAAGUGUGCUCUACCCUUCAACAUCAUCAAACUCAGUACCCUUUUUUUCUGCUUACAUCUUGAUCCCUUUGCUGCUAAGAAUUAUAUCCAACGCCUUAUUGAAAAUAUUUAAUGUUGUGGCCUCAACUUUUUUCUGUGGAAGUGAAUCCAUCACUCUCUGGACGAAGAAAUUUCCCAUCAUCUUAAUCCUAAGUAGACUGUAUUCUUAAACUUACGCAUUCAUUUCAUAGUUUCAAAGAAUUAAAUUGAAGACACCUUAAAAUAAUAGUUUGUCUUUUUUGACCAGUGUUGGUGUGAUACAAACACCGACUUGGCACUUGGCUGAUUUGAAAACUGUAUUCCUUAGUUCAUGUAUUUAGCAUGCAUGCUAAUGCUUUUGAAGAAGUGAAAAUCAGACUCCAGCAUUUAGUAUGAACACAUUUACACAUAAUUAGUACUUAGAUUUUACAACACAGAAAAUCUAUACUUACGGUUAGGGUUUACAUGAGCUACUUCCCACCUUAUUUUGUCUACGUAUCUAUUCCUUUCUCCCUUAUGUACUUACCUAGCUAUUCCUUUAAUGUAUCUGUGCUAUUUGCCUCAAUGACUCCACAUGGUAGUAAGUUUUUCAUUUCCUGAGUAAAGCAGUUUCUCCUGAAUUCCUUAUCAGAUUUAGCUAACAUAGUUCCAGCGCAGAACUAGAUGUGCUGAUUCUCAAGUUACUGUUUGAACUGAAAACAAUGAAGGAAUUAUUUGAUCCUCAAUUUUAACAGUUUCCAUUUUUUAAAAAUUUUACUUCCCUCUUUCAGUUAGCAAAAUAAAUUAAGUUUGAAGGCUACUCUCUGAUGGUUUUGGCAAUUUAUAUUAAUAGCCCUUAAACUCUACAUCAGUAUUACUGAGUUAACCUUGAACCUUAACCCUUAAAUCCUCAGAUGAAAACAUCAAAAUAACCAGUUCAGUGAAUUGGUUAAGUUAAUUUGCUUCAAAUCAAAGGUAAAACCCUAUUGAUAUCUGGUGCAAAAGAAUUUAAAAAAGUUAAAGUGGUUUGUUAUUAAAGUUAAAGUUAUUUGUGGUUUAGUAAGCAACCAAAUUUGGCAAACCAAAUACUAUUUUAAAUAUUUCACACUAAUAUCGAUUAUAACUAAGUUUCUGUAUCUAAGCAUUUGAUAGUUGGCUCUAUAAUGCUGAUAUAUAGGAUAUAUACUUCAGGAAUUGUUACUUAUAACAUUAAUUACAAUUAAUGAGUCCAGUAUACAGCACAAAGAGGUUAGAUUUUGCUGUGCAUGUAUGUGAGAGGGAGAAAAGACUUUUAUGUUACACUUAUGUCAGGCUCCCAGUGCAUGGUCCUUGCAGAGCUGAUGUUUAAUAGCUGAUUCUCAGACAAAUAGCUUUGAAGACCUACUGAUACUGAAUAUUUUGAUCAGCCAAGGGCAAAUACCCUGAUGGCAACACGUGCACAAUGCUGUUGUCAUGACAUUACGUCCUUUGCUGGUGUAUGCUGGAUGAACUGUCAUAACCAGCCAUAGCAUUGAAUAGUGAAAACCUACAGCACAGUCUGUUUACAAGAGGGACAACUGCACUAAUGAUACUGCAGUAUUAAAACAUUUGUGUUAUGAUUUUAAUCACCCAAUGUGCUCUCCAAUUAUAAGCUCCAACUGUUUUAAAUUUACCUGUGUUAAGUUGUAGUUUUGCUGUUGAGCUGAACAUGGCUUUGGACCAGUGUCUUUAUUGUGGUGAUAACACAGGGUUGCCUCUCAGAAAGUACCUAGAAUUCAACAAUGCUUAUUCAUAAUGACAGAUGUCCUUUACCUGUCUUUCUCUCCUAAAAAAGUACCUAGACUUCAUCACCAUUCAUCAUUUAAGAAUGACUGGUAUUUUGACAUGAUGACAAUAUUAUUCUGCUCCUCUUUCUUAAAAGCCAAAUCCAGCUAAAAUCUUUCAGCCCUUAUUUCCUCCUUUGUAUUUUUUACUCAAUUCUUUCGGUGUUCCUUUUUCUUUCUCCAUCUUUAAGCAUUUCCAGUUUUAAAGGAAGAAAAGGUAACCUCUGAACUGGACUGGUGGUAUGUAAGAAGAAACUUUGCUUCAAUGGGUCAGAGCCAUUCAGGGGACGUCAGGCUUGAUCCACAAUCUGGGCUGAGUUCAUUGGUCUUGAUUGCAAUAGUGGUACUAAACCUUGUCUUGAUUUUGGUGGAAAUUAGCCAGAUUCCAUGUUCCUGAUCAUUGUUCAGUGACUUCUCUACUUGUAGAAGAGAUUGAGCUUGGCUGUCAUGCUCUCUCAAAUUAAAUAGCGACCAUGUAUAAUUUGAAUAAGAUUCAAGCUUGAACUUUUGCAAGAUACAAUGUGCCUGUGAAAACAAAGUUUUUUCAGGAACCAACAAGAAAAACCAGAAGUGUGUUGGAUAAAGUUUUUGAGAAUGUAGAAACAGAAAAAACAGUAGCAAAACACCCUUUAACCCUGAGUGUGUUUGUACCAAGCAAUCGACAUUCAGCUUCAGAGAUAACAUUCUAAGCAAGAGUUAGAUGUGACCUUUUAUCUCCUCCUAGUUAAUGAUUUUGUUUUAUAACAUGCACAAAGUAACUUUUUAUUGUAACUAGGGUCUGAUUCUUUUCGGAAAUAGUAGCAUGAUCCUGUUCUUUACAAAGUGCAAUUUUAU